GACGGAUCAGCUGUCGAGAAAAUUUAUGAGCCUCACUCCGCCGAAGGAAGUAACUUCACCCACAACUAGCGCUUCACGCUCUGCACGAGAUGUCCGGCUUCUACCAAACAUACCAGAAUAAGCCCGUCUGCCAGUGGGUAAGGUGCUACGGCAGUCACGUACCAUCUAGCGCGGUGCCUGGCGGUGAAGACUGCGGAGAGACCACCUUCAUAGGACGCGCGGAGCACGGGGAUGAAGUCCUCCCGGGCAAGGUCCUAGCUUCGCACAGCUGCUGCUAUGUCGCAUAUUACGGCGCCGAGCACAAGCACAGGGAAUAUCAGGUACUCGUCUGCGACGGCACCCCGUUGGCGUGGGUACCAGCUUCCAACGGCUCCGUGCCAAACGGGGCCAUCCAGGGGGGUGCCUGCCGCAAUGGCGAACCGCUGUACAUCGGCCGCACCUACCACAAAAACACACUGACCCCCGGCAAGGUGCAUCCAUCGCACAACUGCCUGUACGUCCCGUCUGGUGGGUACGAGCACCGCUACACCAACUACGAAGUUCUGGUCUGCAAGACGAUCAACUUCUGAAAGCCGUUGCACCCCUCCUAUACAGAGUUUUGGAGUUGCCACUCCGGAGCUUAAUUGCUUCCAGAAUCAGAUGGAAUGGGAAAGGAAUGAAAACCCGAGGUUCCGGAAUGGAGUAUGAAUGGAAUGGGCACAUAGCCCUGGAACACUAAAUGUUGAGAGUCAGACGGAGACAACCAAACCGGCAAACUUGUCAUUUGGAAUAAAGUAGACUUGGCCAAUA